GAUUGCAUUUACUUACAGUCAAAAAUGACGUCAAAGAGAAGCAGACGUUUAUUCUCAAACUGCUGAACCACGUCACGGAACCCUGCAUGUACAAGGAAAUCUGGGAUAUCGCCAAAACUUUCAACAUUGAGCAAGGUGUUGAUUUAUACACCAAAACCGAUGUUCACAAAAGUUUUGUAAAAAUGCUCAAGUAUGGCGUGCUCCCUCGAGGCGAAGUUUUCACGCUCCACAUCGACCGUCAGCUUGACGAAGUGGUAACCAUGUUCCACAUGCUUUACUACGCCAAGGACUUUGAGACCUUCAUCAAGACCGCCUGUUGGAUGCGUUGUUACAUGAACGAGGGCAUGUUUGUCUACGCUCUUACUGUUGCUUGCAGACAUCGUGUAGACUGCAAGGGAAUCAUUCUACCUCCUCCCUACGAAAUCUAUCCCUACUACUUUGUGCGCGCAGAUGUUAUCCAGAAGGCGUACAUGCUGAAAAUGAAGAAAGGACUCAUUGACCACAAGCUUUGUGACUUCUAUGGCAUCAAGAAGACUGACAAAGACGUUUACAUAAUCGAUGAGAACGUCUUCGACAAACGUGUGUAUCUUAAUGACGAUGACAAACUGAGAUACUUUACUGAAGACAUUGACCUAAACACCUACUACUACUACUUCCACGUCGACCAUCCAUUCUGGAUGAAGGAUACUAUUUUUGACAAAUAUAAGACUAGGCGUUGCGAGCUAACUCUGUAUAUUUACCAGCAAAUUUUGGCUAGGUACUAUCUUGAGAGAUUAUCCAAUGGAUUGGGAGAAAUUAAAACUCUGUCUUGGCACAAACCCAUCAGGAAGGGAUACUGGCCUUGGCUGAAAUUGCACAACGGUGUGUUCCUUUCAAAUAGAAUGAACAACUACGUCAUUGUUCGCGACGAUAAUGUCGAUAUUGUAACUCUAGCUCAGACCUACGAGAGGAUCAUCAGAGAGGCUGUUGUUAAAGGAUAUAUCGAAAUCAACGGCAAGAGGUUUGAACUGACGAAAACUGAGGAUAUUGAAACUCUGGGAAAACUUAUCUACGGAAAAGUCGACAAGGACCUAACCACUAACCUAAUCGAUAAGGACCGCGUUGAAGCUUACCGUUACCUGCUCAUCGUUAUGAAGGCCUGCCUUGGACUUAACGUUUUCAAAUCAGACAAGUACUUUGUCGUGCCCUCAAUUUUGGACCAAUACCAGACGGCUUUGCGUGAUCCGGUCUUCUACAAGCUGCAAAAGCGCCUAGUGAACAUCAUGAUUUUGUUCAAAAAUCGGCUGCCUUGUUACACCAAAGAGCACCUCCUGUUCCCCGGUGUUAAAAUCGACAACAUCGUAGUUGACAAGCUUGUUACCUAUUUCGACGACUACCUUAUGGAUAUGACCAACGCCGUUACUUUGACUGACGAAGAAAUGAAGAAAACUAAAUCCGACAUGAUCUUCAUGGUACGCAAAUACCGCCUGAACCAUCAACCCUUCAAAGUGACCAUCGAUGUCUUGUCUGACAAAACUGUCGACUGUGUUGUAAGAAUCUUCUUGGGGCCGAAGGAAGACCACUUAUACCGACUGAUUGACAUCAACAAGAACCGUCUCAACAUGGUCGAGCUUGACUCUUUCUUGUACAAACUGACUACUGGUAAAAACACCAUUGUCAGGGAUUCUAAAGAGAUGCACAACCUGGUGCGCGAUCGUAUUAUGACCCGUGACUUAUGGAAGAAGAUCGAUGGUAUUACUGAUAUGCGUGAUUUGUUAGUGAAGGACAUGAGGAAUUACAUGACUGGAUUCCCGACUAGGCUGUUAUUGCCCAAGGGUCAUGUUGGAGGCAUGAAGAUGAUGCUGUAUUGCAUUGUCACUCCGUUGAGACUGGUCGACAAUAUGGACCUGACACUCUUGGACACUAACCGCAAAGACCUCGUUAUGGACUUUCGAUCAACAGUCCUUCUCGACAAAAUGCCGCUUGGUUUCCCCUUCGAUCGUCAUAUUGAUGUAACUAAGUUCUUUACGCCCAACAUGAAGUUUGUGGAUGUCAAGAUUUUCCACAAAAAAAUAGAAUGUGACAUGAAGACUCGCUGGAACAGAUGGGUUCUGAAGCACUAUGACAUGGUACACAUGACCUCCAUCGACGAGGACAAGGUGUUCGUGGAUGCCGACCUCAACACUCACAUCGACCAUGAUAUGCACCUAGUUGACGUCGAUUUUUGAAUAAAUUGUUAGCCUAGCCCUUGUACAAAAUGUAUGUUGAAUGUAA